AUGAAAAGGUAGGUUAUUUCUCAUUAUAAUUAGAGUAAAUAAGUCCUGAAUGAUUUCUUCAAUAAUAGUGAUGAUGAUGAAGAAGGGGAAGAGGAGGAUAAAAAUAUUUUUUCAAUAAAUGAUUAGAUGAACGCAGAAGAUGUUGAAUAGUAUUCUAAGGUUGAUAAUAAUCCUUAAAACCAUCAAAAUUUAUCUUCUGGUGCUCAGAAUUCCAAUUAUAAUUUUAUACAUAAAUCAUUAAAUAAUUAAUCAGCAUUUUAAGCAAAUCCGAGUAAUUAAUAGGAGUUCUCUCUGAGUAAUAAUCAGUAAUUAAGCAAAGUACAACUUGGGUUGCUUAAUAAUUAAGAUAUCAUGUUACAUAGCUGUAAUAAUUCUGUUGUUUUUUAGCAAAAUAACGCAGAAGAAUAGCAAUCAGUAAGACCUAUUUCGGUAAACAUUGACUAACAUCAAGAGUAAUUACAUUAUUAAUCUUAAUGUAAAUUAAAUAAUCCUCCAACUCUAAAUGAUUACAAAAGUGUUCACCAAGAUAAUAUUAAUAUUGAAGAAAAUUUAGACUCCGAAACUGCAAGGAGAAAGAAAAAAAAGGACUUAAUGCAGAAAAAUAUGGAUGAUUCUGAUUCUUGUUAUUAUCAAGAAGUAUAAUAAAAUAAAAACUUGAGUAGUAAUAAUUUAUAAUAUAAUUAAGGUGGGAAUUCUUCAAAAUAGUAAAUUAUAGAUGGAAUAAUGUUUUAGUAAAAUUAAAAAGCAUAUAAACCGAAUGAAGAGGUUAAGUCUUCAACUUCAUAUUACAAUACAGAGGAAUUAAAGGGUUAAUUAGAGAGUAUACGUAAAAAUGUGUAGAUAGGAGAAUAAGUUUAAGGAAUUCACAAGAUUAGACCAUAAAAACUGUAAACAAUACUUACAAAUAACAGGUCUAUUACUUCUCCUGCUAAAUGCACGUCUUAUGUUUUUUCUAAUCUUCAUAAGAGCAUUAUGAAAAGGGAAGUUUCAAUAAAUUUUGUAGUAUUAGUCAUAUAUGGCAUUUAUUUAAUUUUAAAGAGCAAUUUUAUAGAUUAAAAAGAUGAUUAAAGUGAGUUAGGACUGUACUUAAUAUCUAGUUUUAUAAUACUUAUUGGAUUAUUUGGAUUGAUGCUUAUAUUUUUGGGAUUAAAAAAUAGUGUUCAAAUGAGAUCUUCUUCAAAUUCUAUGAACACUAAAAUUAUAUUUAGCAGCAGAGAUAAUAAGGGUGAUAUAACUGAAAAUGUUUAUCAAAACAAUAAUGCUGAAAACUUAAAUAAUCAGGCAGACAUAAAAAACAACUAAACCUAACAAAACACAAAACAAUAAAAUUAGUAAACCCAAAUAAGUUUUUCUCCAUUAAAAACAAACAAAGGUCUGCUCAAAUUAAAUUAAACAUAAAUAAUAAAUCAAUAUAAUUUGCAAAAGAAUUAAGAUAAAUAAGCUAAUUUAUAAGCCGUAAAUUAAGGUAAACAAGGUAAAAAUAGCAAUUCGUAUUUACCUCCAUCAUCUGAUUCUUCUCCAGGAUAAAAUUCUGAUAAUUUAUAAGACGAAAGAUGCUACAUGAAUGGUAUAAUAUGGUUGUUCAUAUUUUCAUUUGUUAUUCUGGUUGAAUCAAUAAAAUAGUUAAGAGAUCUGAACCAAAUGAUAUUUGUCUUCUUUAUUUACAACUAAUUAAUUAUUAUUUAUAAACUCUCAGUUACUAGAUUUUCUUAGAAAUUAACAAUUUUAAUAUCUUUUGUACUCUUUUCUUUCGCAAUUAUUCGCUUGAAUUUGUAUACAUAUUUAGGUGAUAUAAACUAGAAUUACUCUAGCAAUUCUAAAUCUUCCAAAAACAUUAUUUAAAGUGUACUUUUUGAUUGUGUAUUUGCUAUAUCAUUACUUUACUAGAUUUACAAUAUGAGACUUUUAGCUAUUUCUCCAUUCCUAUUUCACCCAUUAGGAUAUUCAACAUUGUCUUAGGAGAAAAUCCUUCAAAAUGUUGGCAUAACAUCAUAUUGUAAUCUCGGAUACGCUGAAGAUGCCUUAGAAAAUGAAUCAAAAACAUCUAAAUUUCUUAGCAAGUUGAUCAGCAAAAGAACAAAAAACAAAAAUCUUAAAAUAAAUAAAUAAAAAUAAAAACCUUUAAUUUAUAAUAAUGGAGAAGAGGCUACUCUUUUGAACGACAAUAAUCCAAUUUCGCCUGAGUUAGAAAGGCUUAAAAGCAAUAAUAUAAAAAAAAUGUAUCAAGAUAUACUUAAUCUUAUUCCGGAAGGAGUAGCCUUAAUAAAUAGCUCAAAUUAAUUAGUAUAUGCGAAUAAAACUCUCUCUAAAAUUCUAUAAUGCUCAAAAAAUUAAAUUGUAAAUAUUCUUUUAAAUUUAGCGACCAAAUCAAAAGAUUCAGAUGCAACUUCUCAAAAAAUCGCUAUGAAUACAAAUAACAUGAGUGCAUCUCAAUUUUCUAAAAUUCUUUCCUUAAACCAAGCUAUUACUUAGCCAAGACAAACUUCUUAAUCAGUAUUUAAAUCUUACAAUUCCCUUAUAAACAACAACAAUAAUAAUAACAUUGCUAUGAGCAGUAAUCAAAGUUAGUAUAAUUAGUCAAUCUAAAACAACUCUAAUGCCUAAUAGCAGAAUCCUCUCGAUAUAAAUAAUAUAAAUCCAAAUAAAUUGAAUAAUUAAAAUCAUGGAAACGGGUAGAUAAACCCUAAUCCUCAAUAAAGCUUUCCAAAUAGAAAAACAUCAUCUGAAACAUUCGAUGUUAAAAGAAAAUCCUCAACUACGAAGCCUUCAAUAUUUAAUCGAAACCACAAAAAUUCUUUUUCAAAAGACGAAAGUCCUGCUGUAAUCAACUUGAACUCAAAUAGUGGAGUCAACAAUAACUUCAUCUACAGUUAGAUGGGAACAUCUAACACAAAAAAUUUAUCAACAAACGGGGCAACUCCAAUGAAUUUAAAUUUUAACACUUACUAAGGAGGAAGUGAUAUGCGUAAGUAAAGUAUGCAUUAAAUGAAUAAUUUUCGUCAAUCACCAUUCGAACAAACCAUGCCAAAUAUGCCUAUGAAUAGCCCGAUAGAUGAUUUUUUUGAAAAUAAUAGAAUUACUCACCAUAUUUAGCAUAGUGCAAAUGGCUAACAUCAUCACACAAAAAAUUAUUUACAGAAUAAUGAAUAUUCAGAUGCUGUUUCUUUGACAAAUUAUAUUUAGCAAUGUCCUUUAGCAACAUGCUAACCAAAUUGCGUCCACAGCUAGGCUCUUUUUAGAGAAAAUGGAGCUGAUUCAUUAGGUAUGAAUAAUUUGAUAAAUGCAAACGGUAAUAACUAAGAUUUAGGUGGAGAAAAUCUAGUCCGUCAAUAACGCUCCAAAAAGUUUAAAAAAUCUGAAAUAAUAAGAAAAGACAUUAAUGUACGAGAUAUAUUAUCAUCAAUAUUCGAAAAUCUAAAAAUUACCUAGCAAGACUAGGAUACCAAAACAGCAAAAACUUUUUAAUUAAAAAAGAGAAAUUCAGAUAUAACUAGUUAGCAAACAUAUAUGGCACCUCAGCAAAGUAGAAAAGCGUCUCCUUCGAGGUAGGGAAGUUUUGUUUCUUAAAUGAAAAACUAGCAGCAGUAUAUUGGUUAUUUCUAGUACAUUGACGACAUGAUUAAGGUAGAGGUUGAAUACAAAAAUAGUACUUUAGUAUUAAGUAUGGUAAUGUGCGAAAUAGUUACUAAUGGAUUUGUUGAGUAACUAGCCCUUGUUUUAGUUGACCCACUUUGGUAGGAAAUGUAUGAGAAAAAAUUGGAAGAUAUGAGCAAAUACAGAAUGAAAAUGUUUGCCUCGCUUUCACAUGAGCUGAGAACUCCUUUGAAUUGCUCUAUUUCCAUGUUGCAAUAAGUAAAAAAUAUAAUGAAAGAAGAUAUGUAAGCUGAUUAGAAACAACCAGAAAAUAUAUUAUCAAUAAAAGACAAAAUCAGAAAUAAGCUACAAGCUUAAAACAAAUCAUAGUCUUAAUCUAAUUAGCUAGUAAGCUAAAAUUAGAAAGCCGAGGAAGGAUAGGUCAGUUUAAAAUUAUUAGAAAAGAUGUCAGAUUACAUAUAAACAUAUAUUGAUCCUGCAUUGAAUUCAAAUAAACUGCUACUAAAUCUUAUCAAUGAUAUUUUAGAUUUUGUGUAAAUAGAUAGUGGAAAAUUCAAAUUUUCUUUUAUAAAAUUUGAUUUAGAAGAGCUUCUUUCUUCUUGUGUUUCAUUGGUUGGAAUUUAGGGCAAAUAAAAUGAAAGUAAUGUAGAGCUCGUACUAAAGUAUGAUGAAAAAUGCCCUAAAAUUAUAAAUUCAGAUCCUAACAGGAUAAGGUAAGUUGUCCUAAAUUUUCUUUCAAACGCUAUGAAAUUUACAUCUUAGGGCUAAAUUAUAGUCUCUGCAACUUUAAUAAACUACAAAGAUAGCACCAACUAGAUUUCAAGCUAAUCUUAAUCAGAUUUUCUAGCAGAAGAAGACCUUAAAAAUAACCAAAAUAAUAUAGUAGAAAUAUCUGUUGAAGACCAAGGAAUAGGAAUAUCUCCUGAAGAUAUACAAAAAAUAUUUACAAUCUUCAAUAAAAUUGAUUUAGGAGAAAAUUAAUCUUUGAACAGUUAAGGAUGUGGUCUUGGUCUUACAAUAUCAAACAGUAUUGCUAAAGGUUUAGGGCCAAUUAAUAAAGGAGGAAUAAGAGUUCAAUCUGAAAUAGGCCAUGGCUCUGUUUUUUCUAUUCUAGUAGAAGAUAGAGAAGAAGACCUGUAAGAACAUAAGAUAUACAAUAAGGAGGAAUCUAGAAAAAAAAUGGAGACAAUCAAUAGUCUUGUUGAUUCUCCAGUAAGCCAGCAAACUAAGAUGAGGUAGCUUAGCUCUUUUGGAUAAGUUGAUUAAUAUAUCAAGUAAACUUCAUAAUUCGGAAGAAAUCAUAGCAUGAAAGUAGAAGAUUCACCAUAAGUUAGAACCAUUCGUAUAAAUAGCAACUUUACAAAUAAAUCCAACAAAACUAAUAAAACUAGCAAGACAAGUAAAACAGUCAAGACUAAUAAUUAGAAGAAUUUAGUCGGCUCUGGAGUACAGUAUGAGGACUCGUGUUGUAUUUGUGACUCUGAGAUUAAUAGGAACUCCAUUUAAAACUUAACUCCUAUAGCUACUUUCAAAGUUAGAGAAAACGAACUUCCAGAGUUCAAUGAUUUAAGCAGCAGUAGCAGCAACAAAAGUGAUAUCGUAAAUUAAGAUAUCCUAAAUGUUAGUUAAAAAUCAAGCAUAUCUUAUAUCAAUAAUUAAAGACCUUUGUAUAAGUCAACAACCAUUCAUACUAAAACUACGUAUAAAACAAAAACCUUAAAAACAAUUAAAUCUGAGCAAAAAGAAAUGAGUGGAGAUGCUUAUAUCAGCUACAACAGCAUUCAUUCUCAAGCUCACAUUAAAAAGAGAAAUAGUAAUUCACCAACAACGUCUUUAAUAAAAACACCAUCCUCUUAAGAAAAUGCCUUGCAAAUGCAUUUAUCACCUAUUGAUAUGAGUAGUAGUGGUAAUAAUAAUAGUAGCAAGUUAAUUGCAAGCAAGAAAAGAAAAUUCUUAGCUUAAUCAGGUAUUAAGUAGUCCUAAUCUUCUUCUACAUCAAUUUAGUAACAUAAGAAAACAGCAGCUACAAGCUCAAGUGCCCUCAAAAACAUAGCAACUACUGCUACUACUGUCGCCAUUCCACCUUCUUAAUAAGAAUCAAAUUUUGAAAUAUAUGAAAGAUAAUCUUAGGAAAUAUCAAUAAUCAAUGAUUUAAAUUUUAAUAUAUCUAAGAAAAAGAGUGAAGAAGAUGAAAGAUUCGAUGGUUAGUAGCAAGUAUUAGAAAAUUCUAGUGAUUAUAACAUUUAAAAGAAUUAAAACUAAUAAAAUUAAGUGUUAAAUAAAGAAAAUAGUAAUUUAAAUAACACUAGCAUUGAAGACAAAACUAAUAAUCUAAAAGCUUAAAAAGUUUGUGAUUGUGCAUAACUCUUGGUAGUAGAUGAUAAUCUAUUUAAUAUGCAUGCUAUCACAAUGCAACUUAAAACUUAUGGAUUCAAAAUUGACCAAGCUUAGAACGGAUAAAAAGCUGUUGAAUUAGUUGAAAAAAGAUAUUAUGAAAAUACUUGCUGUAAAUCUUAUAAGCUCAUUUUUAUGGAUAUAGAAAUGCCAAUUAAAAAUGGUUACGAAGCAACUUAAGAUAUCAGAAACUUUUUUAAUGGAAAUUCCUACAUUAGUAAGUAACCUAUAAUUGUAGCAUGCACUGCAUAUGUUUCUGAUGAGGAUAAAUCAAAAGCGCUGGCAAAUGGUAUGGAUGAUUUCAUCAAAAAACCAGUCUUUUAAGAAGCCUUAGACCUCCUACUUAACUAAUGGUACAAUGUCAUAUUUGAUGAAAACGAUGAAUCUGAAGAAGAAGAAGACUAUGAUGAUGAUGAUGUUUAAAAUUCAGCUCAUGAAGGUUAACAAAAAGAUUCAAUAAAAAUACGAAAUAACUGA